GUAUGUAUAAAACUAAACCCGGACGUUCUCUUCUGUCACUUUCUGUCUGGGGCUGACAACACUCCAUCAUAAAGCCAGGGCCCCUGUGUGCACCUUACAGCAAUGGCAUAAACCAAGAUAUUCUCAGAAUUGAUACACUGGAACAGAAGUGGAAAUGGGAAACAUUGUAAAAAAUUCAGCUGCACCACCAGAUAACAUUGUUUCAUGCCAAACAGUGUCAGACAGUGAGUUUCUAGCAGUACUUUGUGACUACCCUUCCCCUGAUGUGAGUGAGCCAAUUUUCCAUUUUGGAGAAAAACUACGUGUCAUUUCUGAUGAAGGAGGGUGGUGGAGAGUCAUGUCACUAAAAACAGGCAGAGAAAACUACAUACCGGCCAAAUGCGUGGCAAAGGUCUACCACGGUUGGCUUUUUGAAGGAAUUGGGAGAGAGAAAUCAGAAGAACUUCUUCAGCUGCCAGAUUCAAAGAAUGGAUCAUUCAUGAUCAGGCAAAGUGAAACUGAAAAAGGAUCUUAUUCUUUAUCUGUCAAACACAGACAAGUGAAACAUUACAGAAUUUUCCGUCUACCAAACAACUGGUUUUACAUCUCCCCUAGGCUGACGUUCCAAUGUCUUGAGCACCUUGUUAACCACUAUUCAGAAAAUGCAGAUGGUCUAUGUUGUGUCCUCACAAGUCCCUGCCUUACCCAACAGUCCAUAAACUAUAAUGAUGCUCUGAAUCAUCAAGUCCCUCCUGUUGUGAGGAGACGGCGGCCAUUUGAUUGGAGAAGUACAAAACGGGUUCCCCUGACAAUGGAAGAGCCAGAAAACUCUUUAGACGACACGUUCCUCAGCUAUGGCCUCAGACAAAGCAUUGCCUCUUAUAUCUCAAUGGCUGGAGAUGACAGCUUCAUGCUAACAAGCGACACUGAGAAAAAAAAGAACCGCCGAAGUCAAGUUGUAUCUGCUGUAAAUAAGAGGAACAGUUUCAAGUCCUAUGGAGAUUAUGAAUGAAGACUUUUGGAAUGUAAAACAGAAGAAUCCAGGUGGUUUAAAAUGAACUUGGCCCCCAAUGGAGCCUUGCAAAAGACAUAAAAGGUAAUCAAAUGCAUUCUGAUGGAUACCAAGCUCCCCACAUGUGGACCUUUUGUAUACAGUAUGUCCAAGAAUUACUCAACACUGUUCAGUAAAAGAUAAAGUAAAGGACAUACUGUACCUGCUAAGAUGCAGUCUCUCCCAUCGUGGACACCUCUCACAUAUGUUAAAACUUAACAAAUGUUUGAUGACAGAAGAGGAUUUCUUACCCACCUCAAAAUACAUAACUGACUACCACCCAUGUUUAUAUGUAAGUCAGACCCAGUUCAAAUGGCUAAUUGUGUCCAUCCUCAAUAUAGACCCUUAGACCAUCGGACUGGGGUGUGAGGAACCACCGAGGAUGCAACUCCUCACGGCCACUUAUUUUUGACCUCCUUCCUUAAUUCACGGCUGUGGCUGGGCUAGAGGGAGCAGUGGGAUGUCCUCAGUGCCAUGGGGAGCAGAACAGGGUCAGCUGGCGGCCCAUGAAGGCUGGGGCCCAACAUGUUUUUUUCCUGGGGUUCCACAGGCCCAGUUUUACCAUAAGGAGGGUCUGUUCACUAGCCUCUUUCUUACACACUGUGAAAUUGCCUUAUAUUUACAUUUUCUCUUUCUCAUACACCUUCAGGUUUAUACAAUAAAAUGGCUCUAUACCCACUCAACUCCUAUACCAUGAAAUGGCUCUCUAUCCAUCCAUCCUAUUUUUUACACAGAUCAAAGUGACGCAAUAUACACACAUUUUGUUUCUUACACACCACAAAGAGGGUCUAUAUUUGCUUCUAUAUCUCCUCUUUCUUAGUCACCAACCCUCAGGUUCAUACAAUAAACUGGCUCUGUAUCUCCUUGAUAUAUACCAUGAAAUGGUUCUCCAUCCACCCAGCCUCAUUUCUCCAUUUACAGCAAUAUAAAGGAAAAAUCAACAUGAAAAGACAAGAACACACUGUGUCCUCUCUGCAUAUUGCUCCGUAUAUUUGCCCAGUAUGGGGAGUUUAAUUUGUCCAGAAAUGUUAGUAAAGAAAAGAUAUAUUUAAUGAUGAUAUUCUAUAGGAGAAUGUAUCACAUUUACAAAUCAUUGCUUCUAUUUUUGCAUCCAUGAAAAAAUUAGGCAUUUUCACACUUUAUUAUUUAUUGUUUUAUCCUGUGUAUAUUAAAAUAGUUCAAAUGCAA